AUGAACGUUCCUUUUGCAUUGAGAAAGAAAGUUGAGAAAGAACUAGAAUGCCUGGAACAAAAUGGAAUAAUACAGCCAGUCCAACACUCAGAAUGGGCCACCCCAAUUGUUCCAGUAAUGAAGGAGAAUGGCGAUUUUCGAAUCUGUGGCGAUUCUAAGGUGACUGUGAAUCAAGCUAUGAUUAUAGAUACAUGUAGUUACCCUCUACCUAGGAUUGAUGACUUGCUGGCCUCAUUAGCUGGGGGGCAAGCAUUUUCUAAAGUAGAUCUGGCCCAUGCCUACAUGCAGAUACAGUUGGAGGAAGAGGCAAAGCCACUUACAACAAUUAACACUCACAGAGGUCUGUACCAAUAUAACAGACUCCCUUACGGGGUUUCAUCUGCUCCUGUCAUUUUCCAGAGAACUAUGGAAGCCAUUUUACAGGGAUUACCAAAGGUAUUUGUGUACAUUGAUGAUAUACUAGUGACCAGGCAAACAGAAGCAGAGCACCUCAAGAACUUAGAUGAGGUACUUGGUUGA